UCCGCAGGGUUAAACCGGGGAAAGUUGUUUCCUGACAUACAACACUUGCAGUUAUGGACGUUUCUUCUCGUUUUAUACGGUUUAUUUUUCCAGCUGAACUUUAAGCGUUAACAGGCAGCAAGAGGAAAUGCAUGUAGAUGAAUAAUAAUAAUGCUGAAACGGACCGGAAGUGUCAUUUUUAAAGAGUUUUAGAGCAUGGAGGUGACGAGUAAAGAGGACAGCCAGUCUGUUGCCUUGCCUGAAGAUGAAGUGAAUAUACAGCUCCAGCUGCUCGAGUGCCGAGCACAGUUGGAGCACUGGCAGGGAGUGGCAAAGAUCUGUGAGCUGAGUAAACAGGAGGAGUUACAGGAUCUGCAGAGACAGUGUGACCAGGAGAUAGAGUCACUCCAUGAGGCCAUGAGAGAAACAGCCUCUCAGUAUGAAGCCAGAAUAUCUGCCCUACAGUCAGAGCGUGCUCAGUGGAGGAGAGCAGGGUUCAGUCCAGAAAACAGGGACAGCAUAAAGAAAGGAAGGAUAGAGAGCGUCUCUCCACCUCGCGAGAGACUGAAGAACGAGUCCUCGGAGUGUGCGGCGGGAGACAGGGACUCUCAGGAGCUGCUGGGUGAUCCCUCUGAUGCCGAAAGGACAGAGCUCCAUAUGGAGGGAUUCUACACACAGCAGUGUGACUCGUCCUCUCUGUCCUGCUUCUCUCUGGACACACCGUCCCUGCCCCGGCGCAUGCCCCCUCAGGACGACACCGCUUCCCUGGUUUCAACAGGAACUUUGGUGCCUGAAGCAAUCUACCUGCCCCCACCAGGACACCGGCUGGUCACACACACAGAUUGGGAUGGACUCCAAGCACAAGUGGCAGAACUUGAGGAAGAAUUGACCCAGUUGAGGGAGCAGAAGGCACAACUUGAGAAAGAGCUGGACACUCAGACAACAGAAACCCAGAAUCAGGUGGCAGUGCUCCAGUCCCAGGUGCAGACCUCGGAGACUCUCCUCCAAGAGCUGCAGAAAUCUUUCAGCCAAUCACAGAACGCUGUACAGAGCAGAUUGAAAGAGCUGUCUCUGUCUCAGAGGAGAGUAUGUAGUGAACUGUCAAGGCUGAAAGGGGGAGAGGUGGAAGGGAACACAGCUGGAGAGGAACACCCAGAGCUGUUUACUCUACAGGGAGCACACACGGAAGAGAGGCUGCGUAUUGAAAUAGUGAACUUAAGGGAACAGCUGGAGAUGCGGACAGAAGAGAGCGAGGUCCUGGAGGUCCAGUUCUCCAGCCUUAAAACAGAGACCGACCGCAUCCAAAGCGAAAAAGAGAAGUUGGAGGGCGAGCUGCAGGAAUGUCGCACUGAGCUGCAAGGCCUCCGGGUGGCACUGUCGCAUCUCCAGAGAGACAGCAAGACCCAGAACCACGAGAAGUCAGUGCUGCAGGAUCAGUGUUUAGAGCUGCGCAGUCAGGUGAUCAGUCUGCGCAGUCAGUUGGACACCAGCCAGGCUGUACAGAGGGAUUUUGUGCAGCUCUCACAGUCACUACAGGUGAAGAUGGAGCAGAUUCGUCAGGCAGAAUCUCUGGACCAAGUCAAGCAUAUCCUUGGAGAACAACUUGAAGAAGAAAGUGACCAGCUCAGCAGUGCCACAUGAGCCAGUAGGACAUGAUCACCCUUUCUCUGGACCAAAGUGAAAAGGACCUCUUUAUGUUAUGGCCAUAGAAAUGAACCAGUUUCAAGCUCAGUCUAACAAAUGAAGAGUCUACAACCCCGAUUCCAAAAAAGUU